AUGCCGCGUCUCGGCUGGACUGCUCCCACCUUGCUCUCUCUGCUCUGUCUUCUUUUAUCUACUAUCAUCAUCUGCAUCUGUCUACUAUCUGCUCUGUGUUGCUCUCAUAUCAUUACAUCCGCCAUCAAUCACUGUGUCUGUGGGCAUCAAUCCGAUCAUUCUCGCUCCAUUAUCGUCCUCCCCGCCCCUGUCCCGGCCAGGCCUCACAACCUGCUCAUCUCCACAUCUCCACAUCUCCACCUCCACUCCACUUCACCUGCCAUCCCCGCCUUGUUCUCGCUCUGCUCUCCGUCGGAUCUGCGCUUUGUCUUCUCAUCUGCUCUGCUCUGCUCUGCUCUGCUCUGCUCUCUGCUCUCCUCUGCCCUGCUCUACACUCUACCCUCCUACACCCCACCCCGCUCAUCCUCUCUCUCCUUCUUCAUCUUGUAUCGUCGGCUCGCCGUUCUCCUCCUCUUUCGGCUCCUCUGCUCUCCUGACUGCUCUCCUGACUCUCCCCGCUCAAUCCUCACUCACUCACCAUCUCACCGCUCUGCCUCGCUCUCCCGACAAUCACCCCGCACCCCGCCCAUUCUCUCCUCCCAUCCUAUCCUCCCAAUCCACCUCCUCGCUCGAUUCGAUCUCCGUCCGUCACCCGCUGUGGCUAGUGCCGCUCCCUCUCCCGCCUUCGUGUUGUUCUCUUUCCCCUUCCUGUCUUGUUACUGUUACCUGCCCUUCAUAGCCAAUCUUCUCCUCCUCGUCUGCUACCCGCUCUCUUCCGGAUAUCCUCUUUCUUCUCUUGUACUUCCGAUGUCCUCUCCACCCCACCUACUAUUUUUAUCUGCUUUUUAUCUGCUGAUCUAG